AUGGAUCUAAUUAGAAACAAGCGCUAUGCUUCCGCACAGCCAGAACAAGACCGGGAGCGUCUGCUUAAGGCAGCCGGCUCCGCCCCUCCCCCCACAACCGCCACAUCCUCCUCACCAAGCCGAACCUCUCUGAUACUCAACAGGGUGCAGGCGCUGCAUGCACGUGCCGCCGCGAUGCACUCUCCAGCCCUGGCUUUUGCAGCAGCGUCCUCAGAGGCGGCAGCUUCAGCACCGCUGCCAGGGCCGCUGCUGUUGUGCGACUCACCUCCGGGCUCACCCUUGAUGAUGCCCCACACUGACCGUACAACCGACUUCGCAACGGCGACAACAGGAACCCCGAGCCAUUCUCCCAACUUGGCCCGCGAUAAUUCCGAUGGGCUGGGUGGUGGCAGGGGUGAGCAGCUGCGCCAAGGCAGCAGCCAGAAGCCGCCGUCGGCUGUCCUGAGCAGCAGCAGCGCGGCGCCGCUAGGCGGUGGUGAUGGCAACGGCGCGGACGCUCCAUGUUCCGCUGAUGCUGGUGGCGUCAAUGCAGCAGUGCCGGGGGGCACCGCCGGGGGCCGACUUGCAUGGCCAUUAGAGAAUGGCUGCGGCAGCGGAGGCAAUCCGGAUGUCGGAGGCAGUGGCGGGGGCCUCCUGCUGUCCGUGUCUUCGCUGCCGCAGCCGCCGAACCCCUUCGGAAUCACCGCCCUCUCGCCCUCUUCCCCUCGUGAUCGACCCGGUUCCGGUUUCGGUUCCGGUCCUCCGGACAGCUCCCGGCGCUCCUCCCACGCGGCCGAAGGCGGCUCCCCACCUCCCAACACCUCCUCGAGGUCCGCCACCUUCCUAACCAUCUUCAACCAACUUGCCAACGGCAACCACCACCCCAACAACCCUAGUUACAACAAAUCCAAUCCCAAUCCCGUACACCACAUCACCCUCAGCCCCCAGCUUGAAGGCCGAACCGCUGCACCCAUGGGUGUUGCAAGGCUUCGCUCGCCGGGAACAGGUUCCGGAACUGGCGGGGUUGGUGGCGGGGGCGCCAUUGCAGCCGUUGCAGCCGCCACGUCGCCAAGUACUCUGUACGAGAUUGUGCCGGAUCACCACUCAUGGCCGGCCGCUGCGGCUGCCGCCGUCCCGCUCGGCAGCCGCGUGUCUCGCGCCAUUGCCGGCAUCUUGCCAUCAGGCAACCCGGGCACUUUCAAUUUGCGGAUGGAGGAGCGAAUCGACAAGCAAGUCCCGAGUGUGCUCAUGUCCCGGUGGUCCCCCUGCCUCCUGGUGCCUCCUGGUGCGGCUGCGGGUGCGGCUGCGGGUGCUGCUUUGCAGGUCCUGAACGAGGGGCAGGCGGCCAAGGCGACCCCACGAACCAAGUCCCCUUCGCCAGCACCGCCUAAUCCCACCGUCAUCAAGAUGCUGCACAGUCUGUCGUACUUGGCAUCCAAAGAAGCCUGUCGUACACUGGCGGCGGGUUCGCGGCCGGAGGGCCGGUACGGAUCUGAAUCUGGAUCUCGUGCUGCCACUACUCGGCAAUUUGGAUUCACGAGCAGCAGCUCCCCGAGUACCGCGGCCGCUCGGAUGAUGAGGCAGCAGUGA